AUGGAUUCGGAAAUAAUUGAAACUCAGACAAAGAAAACUCCUAAGCCAUUUUCAAUAGAAAGCUUAAUAGGAGAUCGAAAAUCACCAGAAAUCGAUAUAGAGAACAAUCUAUCGGAAAAUUCUCGACAUUCUGAAGAAGAAAAUGAAGAACGAUUAGAUGGAUUAAAUCGGAUGCGCUAUUACCUUAACGCGCCAUUUUUGCAACAAAAUGGCGUCAGUUUUCCUUUUUUAUUGGGUUACCCAGAACCAUGGCUCAGGAUGUUGGGAAAUCCAGCUCAAGCGACUGAAAAUAAGGAGGAAAGUAAGAGAGACAGCCCCGUUAGUGUUGGCAGUGAAGUUGACAGCGAUGGUGGGGAAGACAACACGCAAGGUAACGACUCGGAACCAGAUCAAGAAGACUCGAGCACGGAUGCACCACAAGGCAGCAAGGCUCGUAGACGUCGCACAGCGUUCACGUCCGAACAGCUGUUAGAGCUUGAAAGAGAGUUUCAUGCUAAAAAGUAUUUGAGUCUUACGGAGCGAUCACAAAUCGCUGCAGCGCUGAAGUUGAGCGAAGUUCAGGUCAAAAUCUGGUUCCAAAACCGACGAGCAAAAUGGAAGCGAGUGAAAGCGGGCCUCGCGUCCGGUAGUCAUUCCGGCGGAAAAAACUCUUCAGGCACAAAAAUUGUUGUCCCCAUACCCGUACACGUCAACCGGUUCGCAGUCAGAACGCAGCACCAUCAAAUGGAGAAGCAGAAUCUACAGUUUAGACUAGAACGAACCAACCAACCUUUACCGGGAAGUUUGCUACAAUCCCAAACGUCAGCAUUUUUGAAUACAAAAGAAUCUUUUUUGAAUCCUAAACCGGAACAUUCAUUUCUAAAUUCGAAACCAGAAUUUUUAACCGCGCCGAAAUUACCGGACCGGCCAGAUUUAUCGAUAGCGCGCAACACUAUUUUCGAUGUUUCGAGAAUGGGAAUUCCGCAAGCAAAUAUGAGAUUUCCAAAUCAAAAUGUUAGACACAGUUAAUUGUAAACGGUUUGUUGAGAAAGUAUUAUAAACUUCAAACUUAAAGGUGAUAAUUAUUUUAGUGAGGCUUUGUUGUAAAUUCAGUUCAGUUGGUUUUAAAAGUUCGUCUAGCGCGCAAGUGUCAAGACACGAUAAUAAUAAAAAUCAUUUUAACUUAAAGAACCCUGGCAGAUUGUGUAAUAACCUUUACACUUCUCAUGCUCUAAAAGUAUGUGUACGUCAAUAUAACCAAUGUUAGCACCUAAAGUGCAUUCUUUAAUCUUUGGAGUAAAAAGUAUCUAACUUUUUUUACUUUGAGUGAACAAACUCAAACAGCCAGUAGUACGCUCGGUUCUAGUUCCGUGCCUA